AUGGCGAUCACCAAAGAAAAAGCGAAAGGACGUCUUGAUAAGUGGUAUCGACUAGCGAAAGAGAAGGGCUAUCGUGCUCGAGCUGCCUUCAAGCUUAUCCAGCUCAACAAGAAGUAUGGCUUCUUGGAGAAGAGCAGAGUCCUUCUGGAUCUCUGUGCUGCACCUGGUUCAUGGCUUCAAGUAGCAGCCGAGGUGAUGCCUCAAGGCAGCCUGAUCGUCGGUUGUGAUUUGAGUCCUAUCAAGCCAAUUCCUCGAGUCACGUCCUUUCAGUCUGAUAUCACAACUGAAGACUGCCGGGCGACCUUACGAAAUCUCUUAAAAGGCUACCGUGCCGACUCGGUCAUCCACGAUGGCGCCCCAAAUGUCGGUACUGCUUGGACUCAAGACGCUUUUGACCAGAAUGCGCUUGUUUUACAGUCGUUGAAGCUCGCAACGGAGUUUUUGAAACCGGACGGUACAUUCGUAACAAAAGUCUUCAGGUCCAAAGACUACAACUCCCUCCUAUGGGUUUUCAAGCAGCUCUUCAACAAGGUGGAAGCAACCAAGCCAUCCAGUUCUCGCAAUGUGUCGUCAGAGAUUUUUGUCGUUUGUCGUGGAUAUAAGGCACCAAAGAAGAUGGAUCCUCGAUUCUUGGAUCCCACAUAUGUCUUUGCCGAACUCGCUGGCCCAACACCUAACAACGAGGCCAAGGUCUACAACCCCGAAGUCAAGAAGCGCAAGCGAGAUGGUUACGAGGAAGGAGACUUCCUCCAGUUCAAGGAAAUGCCCGCCAGCGAGUUUAUCCAAACAACCGAUCCCAUUGCUGUUCUGGGCUCUUACAACAAACUCUCUUUCCAGCAACCACGCAACGGAGAUGUAGCAUUGGCUGCGCUUGACAAACUCCCUGAAACAACAGAAGAAAUCCGAAACAGCUGCUCUGAUCUUCGUGUGCUGGGAAGAAAGGAUUUCAAACUGCUUCUGAGAUGGAGAUUGAAAGUUCGAGAGAUUUUUGGCUUUGAAACAAAGAAGGCCCUCAACACUGAGGAAACUGAGGAAGUUGCCGAAGUUGAGUCAAUGGACGAGGAACUCAAGAUUCAACAGGAGCUUGAAGACAUGAAGGACCGAGAAAACUCCAAAAGAAGGCGAGAAAAGCGAAGAGAGAACGAACGCAAACAACGUGAGAUUGUGCGCAUGCAACUCAACAUGACGGCCCCUAUGGACAUCGGAAUGGAAGAAGCCGGCCCCAUUGGAGAAGGCGCAAUGUUCUCGCUCAAGAAAGUUGACAAGACAGACGCUAUGCGGAGACUGAAUCGCGGCAAGAUGAUUGUCCCUUCUCAGGUGCCUCAGAAGCAAGUAGACAGUGGUCUUGGCUCGUCUGGAGAAACAGAUGAUGAGAGUGAUCCUGAAGAGGAUCGUUUGGAGCGAGAGCUCGAUUCUAUGUACGACCAUUAUAAGGAGCGCAAGUCUGAGAUUGACGCAAAAUACCGAGCAAAGAAAGCCCGGAAGGAGCACGGUGAUGAUGAGUGGGAAGGCCUGUCUGGCGAAGAAGCCGAAGAAAAGAACGACUCCUCUGAUUUUGAAGAAGAAGAUUCUUCCGAUGACGAAGACGAAGGUGCAGCCCCCACACAAGGACUCAUUCGCGAUCUGGAUUCCUCAAAGGGAGCCAACGGAUUAUCCAAGCGGGCGACAAAUUUCUUCAACCAGGAUAUCUUCCAAGGCAUCACAGGCAUUGUACCUGAAGAGGAGUCUGCUGAAGACAGCGCGGAUGAAGAGAUCAACCGAGAUGCAGCCGCUGUUGUCGUUCAGCAAUCCAAGGCUCGCAAGGUUGAAGCACCCACUGCCAAGUCCUCCGAAAUCAAGGAGACUACUCUUGACUCUGAUUCCGAUAUGGAAGACAACGAGAACGGCUUCGAGAUUGUGAAACGAAAUGAAGAGGACGACUGGGACAAGGAUCAACGAAGAGCUGAUGGUCGACUUGACAUUGACAUCAUCACUGCAGAGGCCAUGACCCUUGCACAUCAACUCGCUACAGGACAGAAAACAACACAUGAUGCUAUUGACGACGGAUUCAACAAGUACGCCUUCCGCGACCGUGAUGGCCUACCAGACUGGUUCGUCGAGGAUGAAUCAAGACAUGACAAGCUUCAGAAGCCCAUCUCCAAGGCCGCGGCGCAAGCGAUCAAGGAGAAGAUGCGAGCCUUUAAUGCUCGUCCCAUCAAGAAGGUGCGCGAGGCGAAGGCUCGCAAGAAGUUCAAGGCUGCGCAGCAGCUGGAGAAGCUCAAGAAGAAGUCCGACAUGCUCAACAACGACGAGAACAUGACAGAGAAGGAAAAGGCAGACAGCAUUGGGCGACUUAUGGCCAGAGCACAGAAGAAGAAACCGACAAAGCAGGCAGCCAAACUUGUCGUGGCUCGUGGUCUCAACCGUGGUAUCAAGGGACGUCCCAAGGGUGUCAAGGGCCGCUACAGAAUUGUCGAUCCCCGUAUGAAGAAGGAGCUGCGAGCACAGAAGAGGAUCUCCAAGAAGAAGAAAUAA